AUGUUGAAAUUUUAUAAAUUUAGUUUAGCAUUAUUAACUAUAUCAUUUAUAUCAUUAAUAAUUAAUUUAUAUAUUAAUCAACCCAUAAAUGAUAUAAUUAUACCAACAACAAAUUUAAUUCAAACAAAAUUAUCAAAAAUUCAUAAUGAUAAUUAUAAUAAUCAUUAUAAACAACAUUUAAAAGAAAAUAAUAAAAAUUACAAGAUAAUAAUUUUUCCAAAUGAUUUAAAUUCAGAUCCAAAAAAAUUAAAUUCUUUAUAUGAAAAUCAAUUAUUUAAACGAGUUACAAAAAAUGAUAUUUUAAUUAUAAAUGAUGAAUUUAAUAUUAAAUAUCCUAAUAAUUUAAAAUUUGAAGAUUAUAAAGUUGAUAUAUUUGAUUCUUUUCAUAAUAAUAAUAAAAAUGAAAAAUUACUACUGAAAAGAAAUGAACAAGUAGAAGAAAGCAAAGAUUUAAUCAACAUAAUAGAUCAACCACAACCUCUACCUGAAGAGUCAGAAAAAUUAGAAUAUAAUUGUUCAGAUAAAUAUAGACAAAUAAAUUUCCAAGUUAGUGAAUAUGAAAAUAGAAAUGUUAAUUUAAAAAAAAUAUUAACUGAAUUUAUGAAAUCAUCAAGUCCAUAUUAUGAAGAAAUUAAAAUUUUAAUACCUAAUUUAAAACAACAAUUACAACAAAAUACUUAUACCAAAUAUUGGUAUCAAUUAAUUGGUAGUUCAGUUUGGUUAGAACAAUAUGGAAUUCAUUUAUUAACUUCAAGAAUUUUUUAUACUCGAAGUGGUAAUAAAGUUGAAUCUGUUAUAUCAUUAGUUUAUGUACGAGCAUUUGAUUCAGAUUGGAAUGAAAUUGAAAAUCUUGAAUUAAUUAUCCCUAAUGGAAACACAAUAACUAAUUAUAAAGAUUAUAUUGAAGAAGAAGAAGUCAAAACUCGUAAAUCAAAUUAUAAAAUUGUAAAAUAUCCUCAAUUUUUACCAAUACCAAUAUAUAAUAAUGUUCGAAAAAAAUUUGGAAAUUUUUAUGGACCUGAAGAUCCAAGAUUAAUUUUAAUUAAAAAUAAAUUAGGUUAUGAUGAACCAGUUAUAAUAUUUAAUUCAUAUCAUAAAAGAUUUUCAAGUAUUCCAACAGAAUUUAAAAAGAAAGGAUAUAAAAAUUUUGAUUUUCAUAGAUCAAUAUUUAUGGGUUGGUUAUGGGAAACACAACUUGGUAAAGAUAAUAUAGAUGAAUUAGAUGAAAAAUAUAAAAUGAAUGAGUAUGUUAAAAUUAAAGAAUUAGUAUUACCUAAUUUCAAAAGAAUGCUAAAAGAAAAAAAUUGGACUCCAUUUAUUGAUUUAAAUCAAAGAGAAAUGAUUGGUUAUGAUAAUUCAAUUAAUCUUAUAUAUCAAUUUCAAAAUUUAAAAAUUAUAAAAUGUUAUUUUCAUGAAGAAUGUUGUGAAUGGGAAUAUAAAAUGAAUGAAGAUACAGAUUUGAAUGCAUUUAGAGGUGGUACACAAUUAAUAAAUUUAAAAACAAUUUUAGGAAAAAUAAAUAAUCCUAAUGUCAAUAAAGAUAAAAAUAAAAAAAAUAAUAAAGAAUUAAAAAUAAGAAAUAAAAAAUUAAAUAAAUUAAAUAAUUUAUUAAAUUCAUCAUUAUCAAAUUUACAAAUUUGGAUAGGAUUUGCAAGAAUUUCAUUAGCUAAUUGUGGAUGUGGUGAUAAAUUUUAUAGACCAAAUAUGUUUGUGUUAAUUAAAACUAGUGAAUUUUAUAAAAUAUCACAUAUUUCAAAUAGUUUAGAUUUUAAUAUUAAUAUUAAACAAUGGGAUAUUAAAAAUCCAGAUUUAUGUUUUGGUAAAAAUUUAAUAAUUCCAAAUGGUAUAUCAUCAUGGGAAAUUUAUGAUAAUGGUAAUUCAAAAGAAGAACAAGAAGAUUUAUUAACUUUAUCUUUUUCAAGAGCUGAUGUAACUGUUGAUUUUAUUUAUAUAAAAGGAUUAUUAAACAGUUUAUUUAAAGAUAAAGAUGAUGAUUAUAUCUUUGGUUUAAAUCUUCAAGGUCUCAUUGAGAAUAAUAAUGAUAUUAAUCAAAUUACAUAUAAAGAUUUUAAAUCUAAUGAUUUUACGAAUUUUAAUAUUGAAUGUUCCAUUAAAAGUGGUGAACAAUAUUGUUUUGAUUAUGCAGUGGAAUAUAAUAAAACAAAAGAAACAAUACCUAUAAUAAAUAAACAAAUAAUACCAAAUAAUAAAGUAAAUUGA